GGUGAGGAAUUAGUCCUGAGCUGUUUUUGAGUGCAGGAGUUGGGGAAAACGGAGAGAAGAUAUUUGUUUGCUUGAUUCCACAUGACAACUCCAGGGUAACUGAACAGACUGUACGGUUGGGUUGACAGGGCUGUGCCAGCAGCCUCACAUUCCAGAGGCAGGGGGAUGGAAGGGGCACUGACAACUGCAAUGGAUCCCACCCGAAUUUCUCCAAAGAGCGACAAUUUGCCUUCAAUUAUUAAUGGUUUUCAGAGGUUUCCCUUCUGAGAGCAUCUUUCCUCUGAGGCACCCCAAGCCCUUUCCAUAACCCCGUGUGCUCAGCAUGGACACAUGUCUGCCAGUGCCAGCUGCCCAUUAGCAGCAAACAGCACAACCGUGCAGAGAGCAAGGAGGUGCUGAAGGAACAAUUUAAUGCCUAUGCAAGGGAAGUGUUUUCAGCACUGUCACACAAUGUAGGCAUUAGGAAGACUUGCUAUAAUUCCAUUUGAAAGAGCUCAUGAUUGGGGCCAAGGAAGUCUUGAAAUACACCCGAGUUUUAUUCCUCAUAUUAAAUUGAUCCCUGCUCUCCAGGACUGUCUCCAUCCUGUCCCCAUCUGAGUGGUUCAUGCCCAUGGUGCCCUCAGAGGGUGGCUGAGCACAGCCAUGCAUCAGCUCUUUGGGCUGGUUCUGGCACAGAAGGACCUUUCCCGGGCGGGGGAUCUCUUCUCCUUGGAGGAUGCUGAGAUCGAAGAGAGCCUCUCUGAGGCUCUGGAGCAGAUCAGGAUAAUUAGUUCAGCUGCAGACUACCAGAGCAAUGACAACGACCAGGCCGUGGUGGAGAUCUGCAUCACCCGCAUCACCACGGCCCUGCGUGAAACCGCCUCCAUCGAGCGGCACGGCCGGGCCCUCGUGGCCCUCUGGGAGUCCUGCCUGGAGCACAACCUGAGACCCUCGGCCAGGGAGGAGGAUGCACCACACGCCAAAAUUGCCUCUGACAUCAUGAGCUGCAUCCUGCAGGUAAAUUACAACCGCCCCCCAGUCAUGGCCUUGGCUGUUCCAGUGGCAGUGAAGUUUCUCCAGAGGGGGAACAAGGAGCUGUGCAGGAACAUGUCCAGUUAUCUCUCCUUGGCUGCGAUUGCCAAAGUGGAUCUGCUGGCUGAGCACACGGACACCAUCGUCAGGAGCGUCCUCCAAGGGAACUCGAUGCUGCUCCGUGUCCUGCCCGCGCUCUACGAGCAGCAGCCGCGGCCGAUCGCGCUCCGGCUGCGGGACCUGCUGGCACUGACGGCCCAGCUGGACCAGGCAGAGCAGCUCCACCUCCUCAGGCUCUUCCAGGCCGUGGCCAGAAACAGAGAACUCGGGGUGCUGACAGAGUGUUUACCCUUUUUAUUUGGGCAUUUGAGGGACCCCAACCACAGUGACUUGAUUCUAAACAUCCUCAUAGAAAUAUCCAGCUACGAACCAACAGCCUUGGCCCCUUUUCUGCCGACGCUGAAGGAGGUUGGGGAGAGUUUCCCAGGUCUGAUUGGGCAAACAGCAAAGAUCUUUGGAGCUGUUGGGCACAUUGAUGAGGAGAGAGCCAGGACCUGCCUGCUGUACUUGGUGAACCAGCUGGCCAACAUGGAGCACUCAUUUCACCAUAUUCUGCUGCUGGAAAUUAAGAGCCUCACCGACACCUUCUCGAGCAUCCUGGGCCCCCAGAGCAGGGACAUUUAUCGCAUGAGCAACAGCUUCACUGCCAUAGCCAAGCUCCUCGUCCGGCAGCUCGAGGCUGACAGCACACCAGGAGCCAGGGUGGAAAAGGACACCGAAACAGAACCUCCUGUACCGCUGGAGGACUUAAAAUCUGUCGUGGAUGGAAAUGAGGAAGAUGAAAAACUUCAAGUCAAAAUCCAGGCUUUUGAAGAGAAAAUAAAUGUUGACAACAGCACUCCUGGUUCAGUGAGGAGAUACAGCCUGGGCCAGGUUUCCAAAGAAGAAAGGAAGGAUAUGAGAUUUAACAGGUCCAAGAGCCUCGCCCUGCACGCCCUGCGCACCAAGGGGCCGAGCUCGGAGGGGGGGCAGGACGAGGAGAGCGGGGAGGUCCCUGCUGGAAUCUCCUUCACCGAGAUCUACAUCAGCCAGGACAACGAGAAACUGCCCUUUGGGGUGGAUCCUGAGGCGGUGCCACUGGGAAAUUCCUUGGUGUCACACCAAAGUGUCGAUUACCCGGAAUCAGCAGAUUUGGCGGAAUCCACUCAAGAAAAGGCCCUGGAAGGAAGUGCAGAGGCAGCACCUGUGGAAUACCAGGAUAAGCUCUACCUGCACUUGAAGGAAAACCUGGGUAAAGUGAAGGAAUAUGUGACAGAGAUGGGGAGGAAAAUUCCUAUCCCUGACCAGUGUGUGAUCGAAGACACUGUCAGAAGCUGUGUAGCAAAGCUGUUCUUCAGCUGUCCCCUGAAGGGCCAUUACUGCUUGUACAGCAAGUCCAGCUUCACCCUGGUGAGCCGUCAGCCUCCCCUGUGGAUCCACAUCAUGUUCCUCUUCCAGCAGAGCUUGUUUGCAGAACCCUUGUCCAUACAGAGCAAUUCCGUGCAAGUCCUCAAGGCCCUGUGGGAGAAGACUCAGCUCAAGGGGACGCACAGCUUUGAAACUGCCAUGAUCCAGUCGACAUUCCCCCACCAAAAGGACCUGGACCACGUGCAGAUGCACCUGGAAGAAGUGAGGUUCUUUGAUCUGUUUGGCUACAGCGAGGAGGCAGGAGCCUGGCAGUGCUUCAUGUGCAACAACCCCGAGAAGGCAACAGUUGUGAACCAGGACGGCCAACCCCUGAUCGAAGGGAAGCUGAAGGAGAAGCAGGUCCGGUGGAAGUUCAUCAAGAGGUGGAAAACUCGCUACUUCACCCUGGCUGGCAACCAGCUGCUGUUCCGGAAGGGAAAGUCUAAGGACGACCCCGACGAGAGCCCCAUCGAGCUCAGCAAGGUGCAGAGUGUCAAAGUGGUGGCGCGGAAGCGGCGGGACCGGAGCCUGCCCCGGGCCUUCGAGAUCUUCACGGAGAGCAGGAGGUACGUGCUGAAGGCGCAGGACGAGCGCCGGGCGGGGCAGUGGCUGCAGUGCCUCAACGUGGCCGUGGCGCAGGCGCGGCAGCGCGACAGCCACGAGGCCACCACCUACCUGUAGCUCUGCUGCCACCACACCUGGGGGGCAAGGACAGCUGCUCCCUCACCUCCCAGUCCCAGCUCCUGCUCCUCAGGGACCUGUGGGGAGACCUGGUUUGCAGAGGGGGCCGUCGGUGACAGCACUGGGUGAGUGGUGCCUGCCCGCCCUGGCACGGGGACACUGGUGGUGUGGGAGCAGCUUCCACCUUCUCGUGGGAAAUCCAGGGGUUUUUUAGCUCAGCCCAAUGUCCUGAAAUACAGGGAAUAUGGUUAGAAACAGCCUGGACCCCAACCACUCAGCCUGUGCCCGGGUCUGGGUGGCUGCUGACGCUGCCAAGAGCAUUGCAAGCCUAAGGACCUUCUGCUUCCCUCAGUUGCUUGGAUGGAAAAAGUUAAUUUUCCUUAUUAUUUAAUCCCAGUGGACUUCAUCCUUUUGCUGUUUAUAUGUGUCUGUGCUGCUUCUUUCAGAUUUAAACUGGGCAAAUCUGAAAGAUUUCACACUGCUGGGAAAUGAUUUAAAAUAUUUAACUGUUUCAAUUUUCCCUCUUUUUCCUGCUUUUGCUCCCCUUUGUAACUGAAUGUAAUUUUUAAAUUCUGUUUUCCUUUUUUUUUUUAUUUUAAAUUAUCUUCUCCAACUGUAACUCUUCAAAAUUUCUCCAAACCUGAAAAAUUCCCAGUUUGCUUGAUUUUCUUUGUUGCUUUCAAAUGAUUCCAAAGUGGAGGAAGUACUGCAGGAGAGACUGAAAGCAAAAAAGGAGGGAAAAAAGGAAUGAGAAGUCUGCAAGUGAAGAAAUUAACUCAGAGAUCAGUCAAGGCUGAGCAGAAAUAAAAUUUGAAAAUUUCCAACCUAGAAAAAUGUAUAUUUUGCAAAAAAAAGUUGUUGCCAAAAAGGUGGGAAAAUCAGGAAAAGCUGCUUUUUGCUGUAACAUGUUCCUUGCACUCGGUGGCAGAAGGAGCCCACUGGUGUUUGGCAGCUCCUGGCAGAGCGUGGCAGUGGAAUCUGCUUUCUGGAAUGUUGUCCUGGUGAUUUUGGGUGGUUUGGUGAGGAAGUCAGAGGGGCAGGAGGAGAGCUCUCCCAGUGGCCCAUGAGAUGCCUUAACCAGCUCCAGACUUCCCGAAGCUCUCGGCAUCCAGAGAGACGCUGGAACAUUCAAAUUCCUGAAAACCCUCAUAUCAGCCGAGAUGUGGAGGUGAGAGUCAGGCCACAGGGUGUGGCAAAGUGAGCAGAAGAACCUUGUUAAAGCUCAGUUCAGCCACAGAGGCUGUGGGAAGCCCAUCACUUCCAGGCAGCAGGGCCAGGGGAAGGAAAGGCACACGGGGGGAAAUUUCCACGGCUGCUCUGGCCCACGAGGAAAGGAGAUUUCAGCCGUUUCAUUUUCAAUCCCUGGACCAAUAAAUCCUUUCUUUGCCCACAGGACACACCACUGAGUCUGAGGGGAAUGAAGUUAAUUUCUAGGUGUGAACUCAUGGGUUUAUGGUCCUGAGUUCCAAAAUUCUCUCCUGUACUAAACCCUGCGUUCACGGGUGUGAGUUCAGUGACACGGGAGGUUGGCCACUAAAAACAAGUUUUACAGACAAAAUAGUCUGUAUUUCUCAACCUGGAUGCCAAGUUUCAGUCUGGCACCAAGGAGUGAUGUCAUCAAUGUCAUGAGUGUAACACUCCUCGUGUGGGAGGCAAACAGGGCUCUGUUCCACCUGCUGUCCCCGGCCUUGUCACCAGCACUUCGCUGUCACCAGCCCUCACAUCCUGCCUCCCAAUCCCAACGGGAUGGGAACAAUAUGGGAUGUGCAGCUCUGGAGUCAGAGAGAGCCUGGGUCCUGUGCCAGACAACCAUUCCCUCAAAUAAGAAGCUCAGCCACACUUCUCCUGACUUAAAUUAAAACUUGGAGGAAAAUAAAAGAGAAAUUCAGCUGGUAACUUAUUCUAGUCAUGCUCCUGAAAGGAGAAACACAGAAAUCGUCAAUCUAGUGUAGGACGAGAGCAGGGAACUUCUCAAGCAAAUAUAUAAAUAGUUUUUACUGGUUCUUUUUAAAACAACAUGUAUAGGAACGCUUUGGAUUUAAAUCUCUGCCACCCUCUGAGCAGGGAAGGUGUUGGUGGCUCUGGCUGUGCUCAAUUCCCUCAGCUGGUUUGCUCAUCCUUGCAGAUGACAAUGUGAGAGCUCUUGGUGGGCUCAACAGAGGGUCCCUGGGCUCCUCUUGGACAAAG